CGUCAUCCUGAGCUGUCAUUGGCUGGAGCGGAAAAAACACACAGAAGAACCCGGACUUGCGGAUUUGGCGCAGUCAGCAUGGAGCUGGGGGACCGGGAGAUCCCGGCUGCCAAGCCUGAUAUAGAAGUGGAGUGGAGCCAAUUCCUCCAGGGGACAGUUGGCACAACAUUGGCGAGCUAUGGCUGGUUUAUCCUGCUGGGCUGUAUAUUACUGUAUAUUGUGAAGCAGAGGUUCUCGGACAACUUCAGCUCUUUGCUGACAUCUGCACCCAGAUCCACAGAAGACCCAGAUGACGUAGUUAGAAGACAGGAAGCAGUGGCUGCAGCCAGGCUGAGGAUGCAGGAGGAGCUCAACGCUCAGGCCGAGAGGUUUAAAGAGAAGCAGAGACAGCUGGAAGAAGAGAAAAGGCGUCAGAAGAUUGAGAGCUGGGAGAGUAUGAAGGAAGGGAAAAGUUACAAGGCGACCACUCGCCUAAGUCAGCCUCAGGAGCCAGCUCCCAGCACAUCCACAUCAUCAGCUGCUCCAAAGCCAAAACCAGAUCGGAGACCUCUCAGGGGUGGAGGUUAUAACCCUCUAACCGGUAACGGAGGAGGUACAUGUGCCUGGAGACCUGGAAGAAGAGGGCCCUCGGCAGGGGGAUGAGGUUAAAGCACCUUGCUGGUGUUAUUUCUUUGAAAAAUAUCAGCAAGGAUAAGGGACUGGACCGCCAGCAAACAAAGCGUCUUCUUCUGCCCCUAAGGGAAUCUAGAUUGUAUCCCUUAUCUGGAGUUUAAAUGGAGCAUACAGUGAAUUAAUUGUCCCUUUCAGCGUCUAUGUUUAGUGUGACGCCUGCAUUUGGAGGGGCAUGUUUCAUGUCCAGAAGAUCUGGUGACCUAUCGAUUUAACAGAAAAUGUUGUAGAUUUCUUCUGGGUCACUGCAGUGUGACGCUAUCAAUGAUGUUUUCCUUAGAAAUGGUGUUAAGCCAAUAAGGAUGACUGAUGUGAUGUUGCGGUCAGCUCUAUAUAUGUCUUUUCAUUGUCACAUAUUCAGUACGUGAAUUAAUAGAUAUUUUGCACCUUCAACUACACGUGUUGAUAUCCAGAAGGAAGUGGAGAUUAAAGGGCUUUUCCAGGCUCCUGAUAAUAAUGACCUAUUCUCCGGAUAGUUAUCAGUAUCUGAUCAGUGCAGAUCUGACAGCAUGCAACUCCGCCGAUCAGCUGUUCCCUGCAGCCUCUGAUGCAGGAACUAGCAACAGAAAACAUAGCUCCUUUCAAAGUGGAGUGGUUGUGCUGAGUUCCCAUUAAUGUGAGUAGGAACCGAACUGCAGUAACCAGACACGGCCUCUACACUUUGGAAGGAGCUGUUCUUCCAGCUCUGUUUAACCCCCUAACAGAUUUGCACGAACUGUGUU